AUGACCGGUGCCGGGUUCGAACCAGAGACCUCAUCCACUGAGGUCCUUGAGGGAGAGAGGAUGGAUGGUAACCACAAAAUCUGUGCCUUGCGGUUACAAGUUGUAACGUACAACCCGUUCUCAGCCUCGACCAUGGAGACGUUCUGGCUAUGCGUGGAGGACUCACCCACACGAAUGAGAGGGCUCACCGGCAGUGCCGGCUCGAUAAGUUCUGAUCACGUCAAGGCUCCUGCCGUCGGUGUUCCCUUGCGGUCUAGUGCUAGCUAA